AUGAAAAUCAUCGAGGCCCAGUCGGCCGUCUUGUCCAGUUACGAGGUCUACCGACAUCUCACUGAUCAACGCGAUAGCUAUAAGCAGAAAAAACGCCGUGGCCCCCCCAAUUUCGAAACAGUUGUGCGCGAGCUUCUGCAAUACUUGCGCACUGAGCCAAGUCCCAUGAGCCAAAGGCCCCUAACCUACACUCCUGAUUGUAUCUCCCGGCUUCUUGAAAAGCUGCGUCCGUAUGAGCUAUCCAAAGGCGAGGUAGUCAUGAUUUUGAACCUUCGUCCAGCGUCGGUGGCCGCUCUAAACACAAUCAUCGAGGACAUGCCUGAACGGUUCCCAGACGAGGAGCAAGAACAAAUGGUCAACAUAGUGGCAGAAAUCCUGGGUCAGUUCGAGGUGGCAGAAGCUGAGGAUGGUGGAGACGCGCCCGAGAAUGGCGACGUGAAAAUGGACGAAGCGAGCGCUGCUCCGUGA